AGGAAAUUUCUUGAGAAUGUGCAAUGCUGCACAACAACGCUCAAAACACAAGAUGUUGAAACUGUUCUGAAGCCUAUAAACGGGGUUCUCAAUUCGGGAGGUGGCAUUGUAGAAAUUAAGAUCGAUGGCUUCUCAAAGUUAAAACCUGAAGACCUAAACAAGCAUCUAGAUACCUUUUGGUCAGCACUACAGCCAAAACUGAUUCUAAUGGUCCAGCCAUCAGCAUAUGCUGAUAUCUUUGAUCAACAACGUGAGAAAGACACAAUUCGUCUCUUCAUCAGAGCAACAGAGCAUUUUUGCACAGUGGACUACAAUUUGUAUUUACCUGGUGAUGCAGGACUGUUGCUACCCCCCAAGCAAAAAGUGGUCGCUUUAUUGUCUGAGAGAGAUUUAUUUAAAGAGAAAACAGAUAGUCCUCAGGUUCCUUUAGCAGACCUUAUUUCUUUGGUUCCUGAACAAUUCAUGUAUAAGGAGGUACUGAAUUUUCAUGAAUCCAAACAAGUGCAGCUGAAAUACUACACAUCGAAAAAUGAACUUUUUCACAACAAUAACCGGAAGGCUCAAGAUGAGAUUGCAAAACACAUCUCUUCCUUUGGAAAUGGAAUUGGAGGCGUAAUUCUCAUUGGUAUUAAAAACAAUGGGGAGGUACGUGGCCAAGGUAAGGAAACGGGUUCAAAAAAAAAGUUGGAGAGUGAAUUCAAGGAGAUGGUCAAAGAGAUGAGUAAGACGUGGAGCUUUACGCCCACGCAGGGGAAACAUUGGGAUGUUACGUUCGUUCCCGUCACUGGUGCCGAAGAACCAAGGUCUGUGAUAGCAAUACUUAUAGCUGGCAUGCAGAACUUGGGUGGCAUUUUCACAAAAUGCCCAAAGAGCUUUGAGCUGNUUUGUAUUUACCUGGUGAUGGAGGACUGUUGCUACCCCCCAAGCAAAAAGUGGUCGCUUUAUUGUCUGAGAGAGAUUUAUUUAAAGAGAAAACAGAUAGUCCUCAGGUUCCUUUAGCAGACCUUAUUUCUUUGGUUCCUGAACAAUUCAUGUAUAAGGAGGUACUGAAUUUUCAUGAAUCCAAACAAGUGCAGCUGAAAUACUACACAUCGAAAAAUGAACUUUUUCACAACAAUAACCGGAAGGCUCAAGAUGAGAUUGCAAAACACAUCUCUUCCUUUGGAAAUGGAAUUGGAGGCGUAAUUCUCAUUGGUAUUAAAAACAAUGGGGAGGUACGUGGCCAAGGUAAGGAAACGGGUUCAAAAAAAAAGUUGGAGAGUGAAUUCAAGGAGAUGGUCAAAGAGAUGAGUAAGACGUGGAGCUUUACGCCCACGCAGGGGAAACAUUGGGAUGUUACGUUCGUUCCCGUCACUGGUGCCGAAGAACCAAGGUCUGUGAUAGCAAUACUUAUAGCUGGCAUGCAGAACUUGGGUGGCAUUUUCACAAAAUGCCCAAAGAGCUUUGAGCUGCAGGAUGGUUCUGGAGGUGGUGGAGCAGAGAAGGUUGUCCUCCUUAAUUUUAGUCAGUGGAAGCAGAGAAUGCUCAAAGACACAUGCAAAGGUGAAAGUAAAGGU